AUGAGUGGACUUCUGAGGAGCCUGACCCAGUCACCGAUGAGCUGGCAUGGAGAUGGUGAUGUAGGGUGGACUUGUAAGGACCUGGACCCUGCCACUCUGAGAGUCAUCCCCGACAAAUCUCAGUUCUUUAAGUAUGAGAGCUUCUCCAUUAAAUGUGAGACGCCGGCUAACUCUCGUGGCUGGACGGUGAAAAGAAACACCUCCUUCAGCACGUCUGAGCCGUGUCAGUCCGGCUGGGGGAAACUGAAGAAUUCUUCCUGCUCCAAAAAUUAUCCCAAUGAAAAAGACAGCGGAGCGUACUGGUGUGAGUCUACUGAUGGGAAAUGCAGCAACGUCAUCAACAUCAAUGUUACAGAUAAAGUUGUGAUCCUGGAAACCCCGGCGUUUCCUGUGACAGAGGGAGACAAAGUGACACUUCGCUGCUCCUACAAGGAUGAAAAUCAGGAUGAUUCUACAUCAGACUUUACAGCAAGUUUCUUCAAAGAUGGAGUUUUUAUCGGUAAAGAGCCAGGAGGACAGAUGGUCCUCCCAGCAGUGUCCACCUCUGAUGAAGGUUUCUACAAGUGUGAACACCCAACGAAAGGAGAGUCGCCGCAGAGCUGGCUGGCAGUGAGAGAUCGACCUGCCACUACCUCACCUCAUCCUCCUCUCGUGUCUGUGACCAAGCUGGUGUGCUCCAUCCUGCUCUUCAUCCUCUACAUCGUCACACUCUGUGUCUGUAUUUGUGUGUUCUGCAUGAAGGCUCGAGGUUGCCCAUGGGGGGGCUUUCUGGGGCCCAGCCACACUGGGAGCCCACGGAGGAAGUGGCUGACUUAUGGGAAAAAACACAACUUAACUGUCGCAUUAUCACACACAAAUGGAGAUUACACCUCUCUGCCUGAUGCUCGCCACUCUGAGAGUCAUCCCCGACAAAUCUCAGUUCUUUCAGUAUCAGGGCUUCUUCGUUAAAUGUGAGACGCCGGCUAACUGUGGCGUCUGGACAGUGAAAAGAAACACCUCCUUCAGCACGUCUGAGCCGUGUCAGUCCGGCUGGGGUAAACUGGGCAAGGACAAGGAUUCCUCCUGC